CUGCCGAGGCCUGCAGUCUCCCAGCAAUGCAAAGAUGAAAAAACUAUGUCCCUAUCGUGUGCGGUUUGCUGCCUAUGGCGCAACGGAAAGUUACGAAUCCUUUGUGACUUGCCAUGGUCAAGUGGGCCCAUAAGUAUUACCUAUAAGUACCACAAUUCUGUUCACGUGUGAAUGAACGUUAAUGAAGUUAGGCCCUGGCCGGGUCUGCCGAAAGAAUGUCUGGAGGGCAUCGCGCGUUUUGGCGGUCCGCAAGCAGCGGCGACGCUUUCUUCUACAUGCAAAUCUUGGCGCGACGAUAUAGCGGAUGACUUGUUGUGGCGAACUUGGCACGGCCUUCCCCUGCUCCGCUACCACUCCUGGCGCAGCAGCUAUGGUUUGUAUGCGCGCAGUAUUCGCUCCUGGCUGGGCGGCCGAGAGACGGCAUCUGAGGUGCUUCCCUCCGCCCACGAGCGCUGGAUGACCUCCCUG